AUGUCUGCAUCUCAUCUCCGUCUGUCUGCUAGGUCGACACAGGCUAUCGUUGUACAGAAGUCACCCCCGGGACGCAAUCCGCUCUAUCAUGAUGCUGUUAUGGAAGACAAACCCCUUCCUGCGCUCGGAACGGGUCAGAUACUCGUCAAGAUAGGCGCGGCGGGAUUUAAUCAUCGCGACGUUUGGAUACGCAAGGGCCAGUAUCCCGGUAUCACAUUUGGUAGUGUCUUUGGUGCAGAUGGCGCAGGUACUGUUAUUGAAUCAGCGGACCCUAACGACACACUACUGCACAGGCGUGUCUUUCUUGUGCCCAUGCGAGGCUGGGAGACCGACCCAAAUGCUCCCGAAUCGACAUUCGGAAUAAUGGGUGGAGGAAACUUAGUUCCCAUUGGCACAUUUGCGCAGUAUGUGGUAGUCGAACGAGAUCAGGUAAUUCCAACGCCGGAUCACCUGGAUGAUGUCCAUGCAGCCGCUUGGCCAGUGGGUGGUGUCACAGCCUGGAGAGCGGUGGUUGUGAAUGCACGGGUUGAAGCCGGAGACAACGUGCUGAUUACUGGCAUUGGGGGCGGUGUUGCCCUUAUAGCUAUGCAAAUCUGCCUUGCACGCGGCGCGAGCGUUUAUGUCACGAGUGGUUCAGACGAAAAGAUAGACAAAGCCAUAUCACUUGGUGCUAAAGCGGGGGUAAAGUACAGCACUAAGGGAUGGGAAAAGGAGCUUGAGCGGAUUCUUAAGGAACGCAAUCCGGCUAAUGCCCUACUUAGCGCAAUCAUUGACUCUGGGGGAGGCGACGUGAUGACCAAGACGGGAAAAAUUCUGGAGGCCGGAGGCAGAGUGGUCGUCUACGGAAUGACUGCACAUCCCACUGUUACAUUCACCAUGCGUGAGAUUCUCAAGAAUCAACAACUCAUAGGAUCUACCAUGGGAUCCCACAAUGAUCUUAUUGAUGCCACCAACUUCAUUGCAGAGCACCGUAUUGUCCCCGUCAUCUCCCACGUACUUGACGGCCUUGAAACAGCCGAGGAAGGUUUCGAACUGAUCAGGCGAGGUGAACAGUUCGGCAAAGUGGUAAUGAAAGUCGGAACGUACAGUGACAGCAUUCUUGAUCGUGCUAGAUUGUGA